AGCGGUAACUUGCCUUCGAAAAAUAAAAGAGUGUGAACGGAGCGAAAAACCGACAGCCGUUGAUAAGAUUUCAUUAAAACCAAUAUAUAUAAAUAAAUGCGUUUAAGAUGCUUUUAACGGAGAAUAGCUACGAAUUGCUUUAAAUAUGUUCAGAUUAAUAUUUUCUCUUAAUGUUUUCAUUAUUCUUUUGUACAAUAACUGUGCGAAAACCAUUCUUGUCGAGGAGAUAACCAAAUGGACGUUGGGGAAUGAAUCCUCCUCCCUGAGGAUUGACGUGCCCCGACUGCCAAGCGGAGUAUACACAGCGCUGAAGGAUACCUACGGAGACUUGCUAGCCCCGGGAAACGACGUGUCCUUGCGGUGGAUAGCCAACCAGUCGUGGAUUUACAGCGCCGGCUUCGACAGCGCAGAAAUGGGACACGACAACCAGGUGAACCUGACGCUCCACGGCAUCGACACCGUUUCCAGGGUGCGCUUAAAUGGAGAGCUGCUUGGGGAGACGGACAACAUGUUCGUCCGCUACUCGUUCGCCAUCGGCCACCUGCUGCUGCCCAGCCCCAGUCACAACUCCCUGGAGAUUGAGAUCCUAUCGCCCCUGCAGGAGGCCCACAGGCGCGCCCGGGAACUGGAGGACCUGGGCGUCACUACCGGGCCCAUGAGCUGCCCCAGGGCCCGAGGCGACGUCGAGUGCCGGCGAAACUACUUGCGCAAGAUGCAAAUGAGUUUUGGCGGCGAGUGGAACCCAGCAGCCCUUUCCUCGGGCAUAUGGAAGCCGGUGGUGGUGGAGUACUACGCGGUGGCAGUGCUUCGCGACAUUGAUGUGGCCAUUAACCGGAACGACACCCACUGGACCAUGGAUUGCCGGGCCUUCCUCAGCUCACCUGCGUCGGAGGACUUUUACGCCCAAUUGGUGGUUUAUGCCAAUGAGCUCUUGGAUGAACGCUUUGUACUCGAGAAGAAAGUGGUCUCCUUCAAGUCGCCAGUGCUGGAGUUUAAGAUACACAUCCCGCAGGAUCGGGUUACCCUGUGGUGGCCCAAUGGCUAUGGGAAGCAGAAGCUCUAUCCAGUCCUUUUCUCAGUAAAGUGCUAUACCAGCGAGGAGGGUCCCACCCUAAGCUCGCGCACUGAAUCCCAGAAGCUAUUGAAGAUUGGGUUCCGCACCAUACAGCUGGUCGAGGAUAAAGACGACAUUGGCAGGACCUUUUUCUUCCGCGUCAACGGACACCCGAUCUUCAUGAAGGGGGCGAACUAUGUACCUGCCCACACACUUCCGGAGUUAUCAUCGGAUGCGGACAAGGUUGAAUACCUGCUUAAGGCUGCACACGAUGCCAACAUGAACAUGAUUCGCGUAUGGGGUGGUGGUCUAUACGAGUCGGACACCUUCUACAACUUGGCGGACUUCUACGGACUGCUAGUGUGGCAGGAUAUGGCCUUUUCCCAAGCAGCUUAUCCCCUGGCGAAUGAAUUUGUGGAAUCGGUGUGCGUGGAGACGGUGCAGAACGCACAGCGCCUCUCAUAUCAUCCCAGUUUAUCCUUGAUCGUUACCAACAAUGAGAUCGAGCUGUUCCUGGCGACUAACAAAUCCGACUUUGGGGAAAGCGCCGCACAACUGGAAUCCGAUUACAAAGCUUUGUUCACUGACAGGAUAAUGGAAGAGUUGAAAGUAAUCACUCGGAAAGAUUUCAGUCCACGCCCUGGCCCCAUGAUCUCCACUCCUUCACUGGGUAUCGCAGAGACCGGCCAGAAUCUGGAGAUCAACUUGCAAAGUCCAAAUUAUGGUGAUGUGCACAUUUGGGGGGACAAAGACGGUUUCAGCCCCGACACUUAUCCACACGCCCGUUUUGUUUCGGAGUUUGGUUACGCCAGUCUUCCAGUGAUGUCCUCGUGGCAGCGGGCUCUGGGAGACGGGGCAGAAGGAAGCAGCCAAGAAAUUGCGGACCUCAUUCGGAGCCGUCAGCACGAUCCCAAGGGGUUCAUACCGAUGCUCCAAUCUAUAGCCUACCAACUGCCGUUUGUCCCCCAGAAUUGGGAUAAGAAUAUCGAGAAAUUCAUUUACUUUAGCCAGGUGGCUCAGGCCAUGACGACCAAAACGGCGGUUGAUGUAUUUCGUAGCCUACGCGGCGGAAACCACACGAUGGGUGCUCUUGUUUGGCAGCUUAACGAUGUUUGGGUGGCGCCCACAUGGUCCUGCAUCGACUUCUAUGGCAACUUGAAAAUGGUCUACUACUGGGCCACGGAGUUCCUGGCCCCGACGAGCGUUAUAGCGCUGUACGACAGCAACUCGGACAGCCUCAACAUCACCCUCACCAGGGAGGACUUCGCAGAGCACAAGGACUCGCAGCUUUACUAUGUGCUGGUCAACACGUAUCUAUGGACGGACUUGGUGGCCAAAAAAACGAUAGCUCGCGCUUUUGGACUCGGCUCCAAUGAUAUUGAAGUGCGGCAAAUACCACUGGAAUAUUUGCUGUUCGAAAACCAUUCGAAGCAGGAAAUAUUUUUGGAAGUGGUUCUGGAGGACGAACAUGGCGAGCCCGUGGCUAGGAACUUUUUUUAUCCGGUGCCUUUGAAAAACAUUGUGGGCAUAAAAGAUCCAGGAUUAACACUAGAAGUUUCAGGCCAAGACUGCAGAACGGCAACAUCGCCCUUUGCCAAUAGCUUCAGUCUGCGCAUUACAGUGAAGUCCCCAGCACUACUUGUAUACCUUGAGUUGUCCCACCCGGACUACAUUGAAGAGCAGCACAAGUUCUCGACGAAUGGCUUUACUCAGAUACAGCCAAAGAAAACCAUUCACUUAGUUUUCGAAAACGACUCCAAAUGCUUGACGUUAACUUCAGGUCACAUUAGAGUUCAGACGAUAAAUCAAUAUUUAAUAUGAAUUAUGCUUUAACAAGUAAUAUACUUUAUUGUAUCAAAAAAUAUACAAAUAAAAUCGUAUAAAGGAUUUCUA